AUGAAUCCUCUACAUCGUUCCGGUACUGGACUGUCUGGUCGAGAAGACCACGCGACGGCCUGGAAUUCGCCUGAUUUCAAUAUACUUCCUACCGAUCGAUCUGCCCCGCCUGCGAAUAUGACCUCCGAGAUCGAUCGCCGCUUCCAUGACGUGGGUGUCGCAGCUCUGGCUGCUGUGUCUCAGUACCCGCGUGCCCUGGAUACUGCGCUCGGGGAUUCUUUUCUCGUGUCGGAAGUCGUCAACGCUAUCACGAGUGCGGGCAGUCCUCCCGAUCAUCGACAUUUAGAUCCCGUGGGUCCUAUGCCGGUACAAUGGGGUAAUUUUCAACCUACCCCUUCGGCUGGACCGGUGUUUGUCUUCGGCGCGAACCCGAGUGGUAACACGGGUAUGGACACAUCCGUUCGGGACUUGAUUAACCGCACCGCCGGCGGGCAGAAUAUCGCCAUCGCCCCGGACAGUGACAUCGGGGAUGGUCAGAAGGAUAUGGUUAUGGAUUAUCAGUCCGCUACCAUGGAAGACAAGCCAUCGCCCGCAGCAACAUCCGAUGAUGAGCUGGAAGACUUUCUCCAGUUUUAUCCCGAUGAAGAGGAGUAUUACUACGAGCGCAUGGACCGGCCGACGCACGAACCCCAAAUGCCAGACUGCAAUUUGGAUGACUUUUAUAACAGUAUCAGUUAUGAAGAUAUCGAGGUGGAUCACCCAAACGUACCUAUGGGGAACUACACCGACGGUCAGAUGGAUUUCGCUGGACCUCACCCCGCAUCUAUAAUCCACACGUCAACAUACGAGCGGAACCUCACUAUUGAUGAAUUCAUCCAGCGCUGGAUGGUCUCGAUAAACGUCAUCCCCCAUGGGUUCCAUUCUGAAAGUCGAAUUCCACCGCAGCUUCGCCCACUCUCCAAGAUGAUCAGCUGGAAGCCGCCGCCGGAGAUUGUUCGGCCGUCUGGAUGGAGACGCGAUUUUUACGAUUUGCAGCAGAUCCCGUGGACAGAAACCUUGCGGGUGACACGGUUCGAUGCACGAGCUGUGCGUGACGCCUGGUAUACUUCGUAUCAUAACUUGGAUUACUCGCACCGUGGAUAUGCAAAUCGCCUUCCCCAGCACGAAACCUUUUUCCGCGGGAACUCUAUGCACACUUCACACAAAGCGUCUAUUGAACACUUCCAGCUUCGCAAUCUGAUGUCGGCCCCUGCAUCUAAUACCGUCCAUUUCGCUUCCAGCUCAAAGGUGUUUUCGUGGACCCCAAAAACCGGCGACGCACGCUGUAUAAUCGACCUGAGCCAGCCCGACCCCGACUUAGGCUUCCUCAGCCCAGUCAAAAUAUCCACCAUGAAAACAGCGCACGGCCUGACAAUCGCCGGCGGGUUCUGCGGGGAAUACGCCCUACGCAGCACCAGCGGAUCCGACCCUGGCAUAAAGGGCCUCGUAACCCCCGACUUCAACGACGGCAUCACCAACCACAUCGAUAUAAUCCCUAGCCGCACCGGCCCCUCCCCGACCGCCGUCUUCGCCUCCAACGACAAACACCUCCGUAUCCUCGACACCGAAACAAACAUUUUCACCUCCGACCAAGAACUCUCCCAACCAAUAAACUGCACCGCAACAUCCCCCGACGGCCGUCUGCGCGUCGUAAUCGGCGACUCACCGGACGCAUGGGUCAUCGAAUCCGACACCGGCCGACCCGUGCACCCCCUCCGCGGCCACCGCGACUUCGGCUUCGCCUGCGCCUGGUCCCCAGACAUGCGCCACAUAGCCACCUCCAACCAAGACAAAACCGUCAUCAUCUGGGACGCGCGCACCUGGCGUCCGCUCGAAACCAUCGACUCGGACGUCGCAGGCUACCGCUCGCUACGCUUCUCGCCCGUCGGCGGCGGCCCGCGCACCCUGCUCUGCACCGAGCCUGCGGAUCGCAUCUCCAUCGUCGAUGCGCAGCUCUUCCGCUCAAGACAGGUGCAUGAUUUCUUCGGCGAGAUUGGGGGUGCGGACUAUGCGCCUGACGGCGCCGAGAUAUGGGUUGCUAAUACCGAUCGCCAUUUCGGUGGUUUCAUGCAGUAUGAGCGCAGGAUGUGGGGGCAGCGGGUUGGGUUGACGGAUUUGCCGUGUGAGUGGGUUACCGAGGAGGAGUUGGCGGUGGAUCCUAGGUGUGUUUUGAGUAGGAGGGAGCGGGGGUUGAGGUUUUUGAGGACUUUAUCGGAUGAGGAGCAUGAUGCGUUGAUUCUUUGA